AUGGCCAUUUUUAAAGUUACAUUGAAAACUCCCGGUGGUGAAAAGGAAAUUGACUGCCGCGACAAUAAGGACAUAUUUGAAGCGGCCGAGGAACGGGGUGUCAUGGAGAGAGAACAGCAGUCUUGGUGCCUUGCAGGGGCCUGUGGUGCGUGCGCUGGACAGCUGGUAUCUGGGGAAGUUGACCAGUCUGAACAAUCGUUUUUGGAGGAUGAUCAGAUUGGCAAAGACUUCGUCCUCCUCUGUGUCGCUUAUCCAAAGAGUGACUGCAUUAUUACCAUCCAUCAAGAAAAGAAUUUAUGGUAG